CCACCGUCCACUCAGGACUACAGAAGCCAAGAGCUUGAUCCAAAAAAAAUUAAAAAAAAAUAUUUUUUUUUUCAAAAUGCGUGUGCUGUGCUUAUUUCUGAUUGUGGCUGUGGUGGCCUGCAGUGCUGCCCCCGGUGCAUCGAACGAGGAAGAUGGAAAAAUCGAGCUGUUCUCCGGAGUGGCUAUUGAAAAGGACGCGGCUGGUGAGGAAAAGUUAAACGUUAAGUUCGAACCUGGUGAACUGAGGGAAGCUGCCAGGACAUUCGAAGAAGCUCGUGGCAAAAUCAAGAAGUACACACCCCUGAUAGCUGGUAUCGGAGUCAAGGUCCUGGCUGUUGCUGGUCUGCUCUUCGGAGGUCUGACACUCUUGGUGACCAAGGCUCUGGUGGUGGCCAAGCUGGCCUUCGUGGUGGCUGCAGCAUUGGGCAUCCAGAAACUCUUGAGCGGCGGUGGACUUAACAAUAUCAGUGGGAAGCUCGCUGGCUUCCAGUCAUCCCAGCAAUGGACAUCCCCCACAGCAUCAGCAGCCACCUACCCCUACGCCAGAUCUUCAAACAUCGCGAAUGAUGCCAACGAUUUAGCUUACAAAUCCCAGAUCAGCUCAUAAAACCUUUAGCCUGAAAAGAUAGAUAAUUUUCAUGUUUUUACAUAUUGUAUCGUGGUCAGAAUAAUUAUAGGUGAGGCUUUACCUUGAUUAUUUAUUUAAUUUUAAUAGCUUAUUGUCAUGAUUACUCUAAUUUAUUUAAUUCGUAGCCAUUUCUAUAAUUAUUGUGAUUUAUUCUUUGAUAGAUAGUAGCUUUCCACAGUAAUUACUUUUUUUAUUAUAUAUCAAUUUCAGUGAAUUAGUGUAUAAGAAAUAUUCAUUGUAUAAUUUCAAAAAUAAGUACAGAUUUCCAAUGAUCUUUUUAUUUUUUAAGGAAAUAUUUAAAAAGUAUUUGAUAAACUAUUAUUUUUUAAGAAAUUUAAAAUUAAUUUAAAGGUGCGUUAAAGUGUAAGCUUUAAAUUAUUUUUUAUUUAACAUGCUGAAUUCAAUGGUGCGUAAUUUGUUUAAAUUUUUGAAUAUUUUAUUAAUUUAUUUGAAUAAUUAUAUUUUUUAUUAAAUUAAUAUAAAAAAUAAAAUUAAAAUAUUGUACAAAUAAUAAAAGAGGCUUGGAUAGCACAGGGUAGGAUCAAAAAAUCUUUUUUAUUUUCCAUUUAAAUUACAGUUUCUUGUAAAAAUCGCCAGAUAGGCUGAAAGUUUUUAUAUUUAUAUAGUUUAAUAGCUAAUUAUUACGGGUUUAUGUGUCAUAAAACUGAACGUUGUAAUAAAAUAAUGUAUUAUUCAAUAAUAAGACUGUACAAGUAUUUGUAAGAAAUAAAAUAAACUGAUUUUUAUUCA